AUGGCCUCGUCUCUCGUCGCCAGCAUAGAUAAUGGCCUCAGCCAUAUCGCGGGCCUGGUGGAUAGACCAAAUCUCGACUAUGAGAACAUCGUCAUCUACUCGAGCUGGCUCCUGGCUGCCUUUGAGAUAUGGAUCUACGGACGUCAGAUCCGGAUGUACUCUCUCAAGACAGCCCCCAAAGAACUAGGCGGUGUCCUCCCGCAAGAGCUGUUCGACAAGGCUCAGAUAUACGGGCGCGACAAGACCCGGUAUGCGCUCAUGAAAGCCGCGUUCGACUCGGUACUCUCGUUCCUCCUCAUCCGGAUGCACGUGUAUAGUCGGACAUGGGACGCCUCGGGGCGCUUCAUGGAUGCCUGCGGACUGGGACAGGACCGUACUGUCACCCAUUCCCUUCUUUGGAUAUCGUUCCUGACAAUGCUCACUGCCCUCCCCGGCAUUCCAUGGUCAUACUACUACACCUUUGUCAUCGAGGAGAAGCACGGCUUCAACAAGCAGACGGUAGGCCUGUGGAUCGCGGACCAGGUCAAGACAUGGGCAUUGAUCGCGGUGAUCGGGCUGCCGUUCAUGGCUGGAUUCUUGAGGAUUAUCGAGGCGGCGGGGAAGAACUUUGUGCCGUGGUUGAUGCUUUUCAUGGUUGUCGUCCAGCUCGUCCUGCAAAUCAUCUACCCGAUCUUCAUCCAACCGCUUUUCAACAAGCUCACCCCUCUGCCCGCCGGAGAAAUCCGAGAGCGCGUCGAGAAGCUGUCGCAGAAGCUUGGCUUCCCCCUUACCCACCUGUACCAGAUUGACGGGAGCAAGCGAAGCUCGCACUCGAACGCCUACUUCUAUGGUCUGCCUUGGAGCAAGCACAUCGUCGUAUACGACACCUUGAUGGAGAAGAGCUCGCCCGCCGAAGUGGAAGCUGUUCUCGGGCACGAGCUCGGCCACUGGUACUUCUCACACCCUACCAAGCUCCUCCUCAUCGCUCAAUCCCACCUCUUCUUCAUCCUCACAGUCUUCUCCGUCUUCAUCAACAACACCGCCCUGUACCGGUCCUUCCACUUUGACCCCCGCCUGGCGACCCACAACCCCGCGGGCGGGCCUCAACCGAUCAUGAUUGGCUUCAUGCUCUUCCAGUUGGUCCUUGAGCCUUUGGACACGGUGGUCAAGUUUGGGAUGAACGCUGUCACCCGCAAGUACGAGUACCAGGCCGACGAGUUCGGAGUACAGCUGGGCAUGAAGGACGACCUCAAAGAGGCGCUCAUCAAGCUGCACAAGAACAACUUGUCCAGUCCCCACAACGACCCGCUCUAUUCGGCGUAUCACCACUCGCACCCUACUCUUCCCGAACGAUUGAGGGCGAUGGACAGCUAUAAGCCUAGUAGCGGUCUCAAGCUGCGGGGAGAGAAGGAGCUCUAG